UAAUGGCAAAAACCACAAUUACUUUUGCACCAACCUGUAUCUUGUUAUUUAGAGAAACUAGGCAUUCCCUACCUCUCUUGGGCAAACCUAUAGCUAUGUAACAUGGCAAUGGAAUGACACUAACUGCCUCAUUCUCCCUGGGAGUGCUCUCUGCAUGUUCAGUCUCCCAGUGAAGAGAACCCUUCUAUCAGGACCUUCAUCAUGAUACAAAAGGAAUAUCUAUGCCAGGCCACAGCUGCAGAUCAGUGAGUGUCUGAGAACUGUAUCUUUUCUGUUAUUUUUCUGCUUGAAAGUUUUUCACCAAUAAAUCCUGCACUAUGUCUGCACCAUAUGGUGCUAGUUAUUUGUAUUCUCUUGCAUGACACUAGUAAUAUUAUCCAAACACAAUUUCAAAAACUACUUUCUGCAGUUGGUAAAUAUACAGAAAUUGAGAAAAAGGAAGAAAUAUGAGGAAGAAAGAUAUUGCCUGUUGCAACAGUUCAGUGUUCUUAACUGAAGCCACAGAUGAGACAUCGCUCAUUUGCAGACAUAUGGGUGAUUGGUACAGUCAGUUUAUGAACAGAAGUUUAAACUUAUUUCUUUACAUAUUCAUCAAUGUCUGAAGAAGUUACUUAUGCAGAUCUUAAAUUCCAGAACUCCAGUGAGACAGAAAAAAUCCAAGAAAUUGCCAAAUUUGGGGAAAAAGCACCUCCAGCUCCCUCUUGUGUAUGGCGUCCAGCAGCGUUGUUUCUGACUGUUCUGUGCCUUCUGAUGCUCAUUGGAUUGGGAGUCUUGGGAAGCAUGUUUCACAUUACUUUGAAGACAGCAAUGAAAAAAAUGAACAAACUACAAAAUAUCAAUGAAGAGCUUCAAAGAAAUGUGUCUCUACAACUGAUGAGUAACAUGAACAGCUCCAACAAGAUCAGGAACCUCUCCACCACACUGCAAACAAUAGCCACCAGAUUAUGUCGUGAGCUAUACAGCAAAGAACAAGAGCACAAAUGUAAGCCUUGUCCAAGGAGAUGGAUUUGGCAUAAGGACAGCUGUUAUUUCCUAAGUGAUGAUGUCCGAACAUGGCAGGAGAGUAGAAUGGCCUGUGCUGCUCAGAAUGCCAGCCUGUUGAAGAUAAACAAUAAAAAUGCAUUGGAAUUUAUAAAAUCCCAGAGUACGUCAUAUCCCUAUUGGCUGGGAUUAUCUCCUGAAAAAGAUUACAGUUACGGUACGAGCGUGGAUGAUAUAAUCAACUCCUCUGCCUGGGUUACACGAAACGCAUCUGACUUAAAUAACAUGUUUUGUGGAUAUAUAAAUAGAAUAUAUGUUCAUUAUGAUUACUGCAUUUAUAGAAAAAAAAUGAUAUGUGAGAAGAUGGCCAAUCCAGUGCAGCUUGGUUUUAUACAUUUUAGGGAGGCAUGAGUCAUCAAUCAAAUACGUUUAAGGAGAGUGGGGGAUUGGGGUUCCAGGCUAUAGGUAAAUUUAAAUAUUUUCUGGUUGACCACAAUUGGUUGAGUUUGUCUAAGGACCUGGGAUUUUAUCACGCAGAUGAAACAUCCAGGUAGCAAGCUUCAGAGAGAAUAGAUUGUGAAUGUUAAUGCUGGAGAGGUAUAAUGAAGCAUGUCCCUCCUCCCACUUCCCAUCAUCGCCUGAACCCUGGAGAAGAGGAAGUCCAUUCAGAUGGUUGUGGGGGGCCUUCGAAUUUUAUUUUUCAUUUACAUUCUUCCCCUUCUGGCCAAGAUUUGCCAGAGGCAACAUCCAAGACCAGCAGAUUUUAAUUUUGUCCCAUAGCAUUGCCAGGGUGGCAUGGCUCGCCAUCUCUGGUCCAUCCUAUACUCCGUGGGACUCCCUAUAGCUGAAGGCCUUAUGAGUCAAAGGACUUUUAGCCAAUUGAUUGUUCUAGGCCAGAUAAGAAUGGAUGUGGACAUGCAUUAUUACCUCUUAAAAUUAUUAUUUUAAGUAAAAGCCAAUAAACAAAAAUGAAAAGGCAA